AUGUCAUACAAUGGGAUCGGCUUAAAGACCGCAAAAGGAUCUUCCACGUCCGGCCAUAUUCAGAGGUCAUUGGCCGAUAAUCAGGCAGGGAAUGUCAAGAAUUUUUCCAGCAGAAAGGAGGAAAGCCAAGGUCGGGUGGCCAGAGCAAGCAGAGAAAGGAAACUAGACGGGAGCAUGGCAGCGCACGCAGACCGGCGCGAAAUCGAAGUACGAGUGAGCGAGUUGCGCGACGAGCUCGAGGAUGCGGACAUUGACGCCGAGGAGAUCGAGCGGCGGUGCGAGCAGCUUCGGCGCCAGCUGCAGUCAGAGGCCGCGGAGCGCGCGCGCGUUGCACAGGCCUACACGCCGCGCAACGCGCGCAGUGCGGGGGCUACAUGA